AUGAAACUAUCCAAUUCACAGGAUAAAUCUUAUCAGAUUAAAAAACGUCAAUCCUUAUUUGAAACAAGUGAAUUAGGUAAAACAAUCAAUCGUAUCAAUUCAUUACCAAUUAACAUUCAAGAUCAUGGUGAUCAUUGGAAACGAAUAACUGAUUUAGCAGAGCAAUCAAGUCCAUCCAUAACAAUGCAUCAACCAACGUUAAGACGUUCAUCAGAGAAAACUGUGAAAGAAUUCGAAGAACUCACUGCUGAAGUAGAAGAAGAAAGUAAGAUUUUUGAUAGAUAUACUGAAUUUGGUGGAAUUAAAUCUCAGGAAACCGAGAAAUUAGAGAAUGAUGAAGAUGAUAAAAAUUUAUUAUUCAAAACACAAAUCAAUAAAAAACCAGAUCAAACCAAAUUGAUUUUACAUAAUAAUCAUUCAAUUAGAAAACAAUUAUCAUGUAUCAAAGAUCAUCCUAAACCUCAACCAUUUCCAGAUAGACAACUUUAUAUUUAUGUUAUAGCAGAUCCAACAGAUAUGAGGAUUGAACUCACUAAUUUACGAAUGUAUGUUUGGCCAUAUUUACAAAGAAUUUGUAAUGAACGUGGAUUUACACUUAAUAUAAUUGAUGACAGUAUGGAUACAGAUAUUGAACCACGUAAUCAAUUGAUGAUGCCAAUAAUGAAUACAUUAGGUGAUUCAAUAAAUGAUUAUGAAUUAAAAGAACAUUUAUCUAGAAGAAUGAAACAAAAGAAUUAUCUAAAUUGUCUGAUUCUACUAUCCAAUCGUUCAGUUGGUCCAGUUAUUCAAUUACCUCAAUAUCUUCCUAACAGUUUAAUAAAACAAAUUAAAAAUAGUGCAUUAGAAGAGAUAGAAGAUUUAAAAUCUGAAAUAACUAUGUUAUCAGAAAAAUUACCUGGAUUUGAUAGUCCACGUCUUCAACGUCGUCUUUCUAGAUAUUUAGGUUCACAAACAUCUUUAGGAUCAUUAUCUGAAGAGGUAACAAUGAAACAAUCUCACAUGUCACCAGUAAGUGAUACGAUACCUAACAGACGGAAUACUUUAAAAUUUUCUAAUGUUACACCGAUACAAAUGACACAAAUUGAAGAUUCAAUACGUCAGAAAAGUGAAAUUAUACGUACACUUAAUCCAGAUAUUCUAGACAAAUGGUACUGUCCAACUUCAGAUUCACAUCCGGAUAUUUCAUAUUUACAACCAGUUAGUCAAAUUCUCCCAGGGAUCACAUGUUUCGAUGAUCAGAAUAUACGUCAAGCGGAAUUGAAAUCUUGGUUAAAUGAUUCUCAUCGAAUACGAUGUUUACUUAUGCGCUUCUCUGAUCAAAAUCAAAUAACUAAUUCGUCAGCUACAUCGUAUCGUUUAUCCGAUAUGGAAAUACCGACACCAAAUACUGAAAGAAUUCAAUCGAAUAUUGAUACUAUUCCUAAUUCAAAUAGACAAACUGAUAUAAUUGAUAGGUCAUCUCAUAUAAAGGAAAAGUAUAGUUUCCAGUCAGAAGUUGAAAGACAAAUAGAAAUGGUUCUACAAAAUAAUGAAUUAAAUUCUGACUGUUUUGUUCAUAUACGAUAUCAUCAAGAUAAUAAAGUUCCAUUAAAGAAAUCUAUUAAUAAUAAUAAUAAUAAUGAUAAUUCUAUAACUAAUUGGAGAUCACGAUCAUUAUCAUUAGCUUCAUGGUCAACAACAAGAACAAAUUUAAAUACACUUCAUUCCAGUUCUUCCAAUUCAAUAAGAAAUGAAUUUCUUUCAAGUGCUUUUGAUGAAUCAUUAGCCAGAGCAAAAUUACUUGUGGAUUGGGCAAGAUUAAAAGUACCAGCUGAUAAUCAAUCUCAUUAUGAAUUAGAAAAAUCUGCAUUGAUUACAUUGAAUGAUCAAAUCAAUUGUUCACAAUCAUAUUUAGAUCCAAUACAUUAUCAAGAGCAUACAAUCUAUCUAAAUGAUAUGUGUCGUAAUAUACGUAAUAAAUUUAGUCAAAGUUUAAUUGAAGAAAUGAAUAGACGUGAUUUAAUUGAAAUGGAAAAUAGAAAAAUCAAUAAAUUGAAUUAUUUAUAUCAUUGGUGUUUAGAAUAUGAAAUAUCAGCUCAUUUAGAAACUAUGGAGAAAUUAUCUUCAAUGUGUAUUGCAAGAGAGGAAACAUUAAUGGAUUUAUAUAAUUUAAUUAUAAAACAUACAACCAAUUGUCAAAUGAAUAAUGAAGGGAAUACAAAUUAUUUUAGUUUUAUUGAAAUAACAGGAGAAUCUGGUAGUGGAAAAUCAAUUCUAUUAGCAAGUUUAACUAAAAUGUUAUUAACAAAAUCAAUAAAUGUAAAUACUUCUAUUGUUAAUCCACGUGUCAUUUAUAGAAUGAUUGGAUCUUCUACAAUGUCAUUAAAUUUACUUAAUUUAUUAAGUUAUCUAUGCUUAGAACUUUCAACACGAAUGGAUAGUUCAAGUAUAUCUGAUACUUAUGAUGGACUACGUACAGCUUUACAUACAGCUAUUAUUGAAGCUACAUAUGAACAAUCAUGCCAGCAACCAUUAAUAAUUAUUCUGGAUGGAAUUGAAAACUUGGAAGAAUGUAAACAACGUAAAGAGAAUUUUCCAAUAUCAUGGAUUCCAUUCAAUUGGAUAAAAUAUAAACCAACAUUAAAUUGUCCAGUAAUAUUUAUUAUAUCAAUUAUAAAUAAUCCAAUAGAAAUAGCAUAUUUUCAUAAAAAUUUCCAAAAUAAAAUUAAUCCAUUUAUUUUUAAUGAUAAAAAUCAUACUACUCAUAAUCAUCUAAGUAAUCAAAAUAAUUAUCAUCAAAUUUAUUUAAAUGAGUUAGAUUUUAAUAAUAUGGAUAAAUGUAUUCAAGUAUGGUUAUCAGAAAUUGAAUUCAUGAAUCAUUAUGAAAUAUUUAUAUCAAUUAUUGAAAUGACAAAUAAAUUAUAUCAACCAUUACAAUUAAAAAUGAUUAUUCAAUUAUAUAAAUAUAAAAAAGAAAAAUUAAAAAUGAUUUUAAAUGAUUUAAAACAGUUUACUACUUAUGAAUUAUUCAGUAGUUUAUUAAAAUAUACAAAACAAUUUUAUGGUUUAAAACGUGUACAAUUUAUAAUUGGUAAUAUUAUUUUAUCAAGAUUAGGUUUAACGAAUGAAGAUUUAUUAAAUUUAUAUUGGAUUAAAUUACCAUUUAAUAAUAAUUAUCAUCAUUAUUUAAAUAAACAAAAACGUUAUUCAUUACAAGAUAUGAAUUAUGAAUUAUGCUUAAAUGAUAAAAUAGAUCGAGUUUAUAUUACAUAUAAUUGGUUAUAUCGAUUUUUUCAUGAAUUUUUACACCCAUUAGGUAUAAUCCAUGUUACUAGGUCACCACCAUAUGGUUGUUAUCGAUUAUAUAAUAUAAAUCAACAAUUAUUUCAAUAUUGGCUGGAACAUUAUGAUUUAGAUAGUAAAAUUCAAUUAGAAUAUCGUACACUUCAAUGGAAUAUAUUUUAUAAUCAACAAAAAUACUCUUCGUCUUCUUCUUCUUCUUCUUCGUCUUCAUCAUCUUCUUCUUCAUUAAUUGAAACAAAUUCUAAUGAAAUAUUGAAUAUCAACUUAAAUAUUCAUUGGAGAUGGUUAUUUGAAGUACCAUAUCAUUUAAGUAAAUUAAAUAAAAUACAAAAAUUAAAAAAUUUUUGUAUUUUUAAUCCAAUUUGGUUAAAUUUAAAAAUACAAUUACAUUUAUUUACAGAUAAUAAUUCAUUAUUAAUACAAAAUUGUUUAGAUGAAUUGAUAUUUUAUUUAUCAUUUCUUGAAUAUUCAAUAGAUCCUUUCAAUAAAAAAAUCAAUAAUACUUUAUUGACUAAUGAUCUAUUUAUUCAAAAAGUAUUGAAAUAUUUCAAUAAUCAUCCAGAUAUUCAUCUUAUUUUAAGUAUAUUUAUACAAUGGAAAUAUGAAUUAAAACAUAAUCCAUAUUUAUUAAAUAAUAUACUUAUUCAUCAUUUAAAAAAAUUUAAUUAUAAUGAAUAUACUACUUUAUUUAAAGAUGAUGAAAUAGAUAAAAGUAGUAUAAUGGAAAAAUCAAUCAAAUUUCUUCUUCAUAAUAUACAACAAUAUAAUAUCAAAAAUAAUAUUAAAAUACCUAAUUUAAUUAAUUUUAAUAUACCAAUCUAUUUAUGUACAAAUGAACAAUUGAUUAAUCAAUUAACAUGUAAUACUACAAGAAUUGGAUUAACUUGUUCACGUAAAACUAUUCAAUUGAAUACAAUAGCAUAUUCUAAUACUAAACAAUAUUUAGCAUUAAUUACAUAUGAUAUAAUUUAUUCUAUAACAAUCUUAGAAAUAUGGAAUAUAGAAGAGAAUUAUAAAUUAAUUCAUUCUAUUAUUGGUUAUAAUACAAUACAAACUAUUAAUGAAUUAAUAUGGAUUGGUAUAAAUGAUAAUGCUAUAUUAGGUAUUGAAAUACCAAGUCAAAAAAUCUAUAUAUGGCCAUUACAUUUACAUGAUGAUCAAAUGAAAUCAUUCAUAACUAAUGAUCUGGAUCAGUAUUAUAUAUUACCAGAUGAAGAAUCUAAUUCAUUUGAUACAAUAAAAGAGAAUUCAACUAUACAUAUUAUUAAUACUGAUAAAGAUUAUUUAAGUUAUAUUAUUAAAUUACAACAAGGUAUAUAUAAAUUAUCCAUAUGGUUAUGGAAAAAUCAUUCAUUAGAACAUUUAAUUGGACCAAUUAGUUUAAUUAAUCAUAAAUCACAUAGUAUGUAUCCUGAUUUAAAUUCUAAUAAAUUAGAACAAAAAAUGUUACGUUCAAUGAGUUUACCAAAUUCAAUUAAAUCAAAUACUGAAUUAUUAAUAACUGGUUAUAUAUAUCCUCAUCCUCCUCCUCAUCAUCAUCAUCAUCAUAAACAAUUACAUAUUAUAUGUGGAGCUAGAGGAGACUAUCAAGCAACAUUAUUUCAAAUUUAUCUUAAUCAACAAGAUAAUGAACAUUUAGAUUUAAAUCAAUCUAUUCAACAGAAAUAUUUAAAAUGUUCAAAUCAUUAUGGUACACGUAUAUUAGGUAUUUAUAGUAUAUAUUGUAAACCAAUUAUUAUAGCAAAUAGAUCACCAUCUAAUAUAUUACCAAAUGAAGAUGUUAUUGGUUGUAUUGAUUUAUUUGAACAAGAAACAGGGAAUUGGAUAAAACGUAUUGAAUCAACAUCAUUGAAUACAUUUAUCUCUAUGGAAACAUAUAUAAUAAGAAAUUUUAAUUUAUUAACUUAUUCAUCAUUACCUAAAUUAUAUAUGUAUUAUGAUUUUAUAAAUGAUCAAUUCAUUACAAUGAUACAAAAUUAUUCAAAACGUGAAAAAUAUAAAAAUUUCUUUCAAUCAUAUAAUACUACUUAUAAUGAGAAUAUGAAUAGUAUAGAAGUGAUUAUAUGGGAUAUUAAUAAAUCUAUAACACAUAUUAUAAAUACUAAACAAUUAUUACCUUAUUUAAUACAUAAUCAUUAUACAUUUAUUGCUCCAUAUAGUAUAUCUAUAAGAAAUUCUAAUGAGAUUAGUUUAGUGAAACCAAUCAUUGAAGAAAUUGGUUAUUAUUUAUAUAAUUGUAAUCCAUUUAAUGAAUUGACAUUAAAUUUAAAUAAAUCAAUAUCAAUGAUAUCUAAAACAAAUUAUGAUCCAUUAAAAAUAAUUAGUUCAAUUUAUAUGAUCCAAGAUCAUAAUGAUCAUAAUGAUUAUAUUAGUUUUAUUAGUUAUAAUUCAUUAAAAAAUGAUAUAUUUAUAGGAGUAAUGUACUUAGCAACAAAUGAUUCUAUAGAUGAUUGGUUAAUAGAAUAUUUGUUUGUGAAACCAUUUAAUAAAGAUGUAUGGAAUAAUAAAGAUCAAUUUAUAUUUAAUGGGCAUCUAUUGAUUACAUUGGAAAAAUUAGAAUAUUCUGUCAUUGUUGAAGAAUGCAAAGAAGUUUAUCAAAGAAUGGGAAUAUAUGAAAUAGAAUAUAAUUCUAAUCAUAAAUUUUAUCUUAAUCAUAUAAGACAUUUAACUGAUGUAUUUAUUAUACCAAAUAAUUUAUCGGAAUAUCAAAUUAUUCAUUCAAAUGAUUCAGAUAGUACUUCAUAUUUAAUUGGUUUAAAUGAAACUAGAUCACAUUUUGUAGCAUAUAGUUUAUUAAAUGGACAAGUAAUAUGGAGAUUAAAACCGGAUUUUUCAAUUUAUCCAGAAUAUACUACUAAUAAUCAUAAUAAUAAUAAUAAUAAUAAUACAAUUGAGAAAUUCUUAGUCAGUGGUAAUCAAAGUAUCAUUAUAGUUAGUUAUGGUCCGCAAUGUGUUUGUGUAUUUCUUAUGAAUAAAUUACAACAUGUUGGUUAUUUAAAUGAAGAUUAUGCUAUGAAAAAUAAUCAUCAUUCAGAAAGUAUAGUACAACAACCACAACCACAACCACAACCACCAUCACCACCACCACCACCACCACAACAACAACAACAACAACAAUCAAAAAGAUUAGAUGGACCAAAUUUAUCUUUAUCCAGUAUAUCAUAUGAUGGUUAUUGGUUAGUACAUUCAGAAUAUAGUUAUGAAGAACAAUGUACAUGUUUAACUGUUUGGUCAUUAAUACAUUUUCAUAAAUAUAAAUUAAUUCAUCAUGAAUAUAAUAUACAAUGGAAUCGUAAACGUUUAAUAAAUCAAUCAAAUUUAAUACAAAUAGAAAUAAGUGGAUAUAAUUGUAUUAUUGUUGCAGCAAGACUUCAUUAUGGUAUUAUAUGUUGGUGUCCAUGUAAACAAAUAAAACCAAUUUAUUUACAAGGUAGUAAACAAUUAAAUUAUUCAUUAGAUAAUCCACCUAUAUUAUAUAUAUCAAUGAAUGGUAAUAAAAUUAUAUCAGCUAGUGGUUAUAUAAAACAUAAUCAAAUAACAAUAUGGCAAAUGGAUUUAACUCAUUUAACUGUAUGUCUUAUUGGUCAUAUAUGUUAUUUAGAUAAUAUAUUAGAAUUACAAUUAACUAAACAAGAACAUUUAUUAUGUAUAUCAGUAAUGAAUUCAAAUAAACCAUUAUUAAUUGAUCCAUAUUGGAUUAAGGAUAAUUAAUCAUUAAAGAUAUAUGAUAAUAUAAAGUAAUCAAUAAUGUGGGGGGGGGGAACUUCUUCUUCGUCGAAAUGGAACAUUCUCUUUUUACUCUUAAUAUUUUGUUGUUUUCUUUUUGUUUUGUUUUUUGUUUUGUUUUUUCAAUAAAAAUAUUGACAUUUAUCAUUUUGGUUUUCAAUGAUGAUUGAUCUUUUUGUUUAACAUUGAUUAUCUCAUUUCAAAUUCUGUUGAAUAAUAAAGCU